GAGCCUAGAUAUUUCUUGUAAACUUUGAAGAAUGCAAUGUCGUGAACUGAUGAUCCAAACCGCAUGAUGCAACUUUUUUUAUAGUUCUAUUUAAGCAUUUACAUCGUAAGUUGCAUACUCAAUUUGUCUUGCCUUGUAUACCUUGUUUGUUACAAAUUGAUUCGUUACGUCACAAAUCAACAGUGAAUUAAAGUUAGAUCGAGACUAAAUUAUUUAAGGUGCAAUUUCUCAACUACGUGUUGGAAAAUGUAGAGAGAGGAAAUGAGAGAUAUUUCAAGGGAGCUUAGAUAUUUCUCGUAAAAUUUGAAGAAUGCAAGGUUGUGAACUGAUGAUUCAAGCCGCAUGAUGGAAAUUUUUUUUGUAUUUCUAUUUAAAUGUUUACAUCAUAAUUAAGUUACAGACUUAAUUUGGCUUGCCUCACUUGUAUACCUUGUCUAUCACAAAUUGUAAUUUUUCGUAGUCCAUCAUCAUCAUCUAUCAUGGUGAUCAUGAAAUAUUAUAGAUCGAGUCUUCAAGUACUUGUAGCUAUGUACUUCAUUGGAUUUCUCUGCUUGGGAAGCAUUGGAUACAUCAUGGGCGGUUCCCUUCCAAACGUUCAAUGCAUGGAGAGCGAGCAAAAAGCCCUUCUGAGGUUCAAAAAAGGCUUGGUUGAUUUUUCAGAUCGUUUAUCUUCUUGGGUGGUUGAAGAAGCUGAUUGUUGUAAAUGGAGAGGAGUUCAAUGCAAUCACACCACUGGUCAUGUCAUGGCUCUUGAUUUGCACAGCGAAAGCCCAAGUGAGUCCUUGCAAGGUGAGUUGACUCAUUCUGCUUUGCUUGACUUGCCAUAUCUAAGCUACCUAGACUUGAGUCUCAAUCAUUUUGACACAAAUGAAAUUCCUCAAUCCAUUGGCUCUCUUAGUAAUCUAGAAUAUCUCAAUCUGUCUGAUGCUAAUUUCAGAGGAAAUAUUCCCAGUGACCUUGGAAAUCUUUCACGUUUACAUUCUCUUGAUUUGAGUAGUACUCCUAGUACUUACCGCUUUCUUAUAGCAAACAACCUUGACUGGCUUCAAGGUCUUUCUUCCUUGAAGGUCCUUGAUUUGGGUGGUGUUGAUCUUGGUAAUGCAAUGAAUUGGCUCAAUAAAAUCAACAUGCUACCUUCUCUAGUAGAAUUGCACUUGUUUGCUUGUAACCUUAACAAGCCUCCUUCAUCUUUGCUUCAUCUGAAUUUCACAUCGCUUAAAAUUCUUGACCUCUCGCUUAACAACUUCAAUUCUCCAAUACCUUUUUGGUUGUUCAACAUUAGCCAUAGUCUUGUUUAUCUGAACUUGACAAGAAAUCAGUUACGAGGUCCCAUUCCCAAUUCUUUUGGGAACAUGACUUCUCUAACUGUUCUUGAUCUCUCUGGAAAUAAUCUGGAAGGUGGAGUACCCACGAGUUUGGGAUUGAUUGAAAAAGGAAAACAACUCGAAGGACCUUCAUCCUUGAGAGAGUUGCAUCUUUCAAAGAAUCAAUUAAAAGGGCCUUUACCGCAAAGUCUCGGUCUACUUUCAACACUAGUUGUAUUGGAUGUUGCAGAGAAUCGGUUGGCUGGUGUUAUCACUGGGGCUCAUUUCUUGAAUUUAAGUAGCUUACGAGUCUUAGAUUUGUCUUCAAACUCAUUUGUUAUAAGAAUGAGGUCAAGUUGGAUCCCUACCUUUCAACUGGAUAAAAUAAAGCUGAGGUCUUGCGAUUUGGGACCAGAAUUUCCAAAGUGGCUUCGGACACAAAAGAAUUUCUUGCACAUUGAUCUCUCUAAUGCGAAUAUCAUAGACACCAUGCCAUAUUGGUUCUGGAAUCUAUCAACACUGGUGGAGCACAUUAUUGUUUCUUUCAACCAGCUCGAAGGAAAAGUGCCUAAUUUGUCAUCCAAACUCGAUCUUUCACAUCUAGAUUUGAGUUACAACGGAUUUGAUGGUCCCCUGCCUUAUUUCUCAGCCAAAAUGGUGUCAUUGGUUCUGGCUGGAAAUUCAUUUUCGGGAUCUGUUUCCCGUAUAUGUGAAUCCAUGGUUACAAAAAGUUCCCUUGGUACUUUGGAUUUGUCCGAAAAUAAUUUAACAGGCAAGUUACCAGACUGUUGGGCAUAUGGGCAAAAUUUGUCCUUUAUGGAUUUAUCAUACAAUCAGAUAUAUGGUAAAAUCCCUGACUCCAUUUGCAGUCUUCCUCUCAUGGUGUUGCAUUUGAGGAGUAAUAGGUUAUAUGGGAAACUGCCUUUGUCUUUGAAGAAUUUCACAACUCUGGUGUCUAUGGAUCUUGCGUAUAAUAGAUUAUCCGGAAGCAUACCGGCAUUGGUUGGGGAAAGUUUAUCAUCUUUGUCAUUUCUGGUCUUAAGCUUUAACAAUUUCAGUGGAAGUAUUCCAUCGCAGCUGUGCCGACUUAGGUCUCUAAAAAUAUUGGAUCUUUCUGCAAAUUACAUAUCAGGGGAAAUUCCACGGUGCAUCAGCAACAUUAUGGGUAUGGCGAUGGCUGAAUAUGAUCCUUAUACUGCCCAAGGGGAGGACACGCUCAGGUUAUUUGAAAGAAGAUUUCAGCAAUUUUACAACUUUAUUGGUAUGAUUCAUAGGUCUGAAUCUGAUAAUCUUUUUAUACAAGAACGUCUACCUAAUGGCAUGCUUAGCUUCUUAAAUGGUCGGACCGCAAGGGUAUCAGGUUACUUCCGAUAUCAAAUUGAUCUUUCUUCAAAUAAUUUAUCAGGAACGAUCCCAAAAGAAGUCUACAGCCUUACUGGAUUGUCUGCCUUGAAUUUGUCAAACAAUCAUUUGGCAGGUGCUAUUCCUUACGGCAUUAGUGCCAUGGCACUUUUAGAAUUGCUAGAUUUAUCCAGUAAUAAUCUUUCAUGCUCCAUACCCACCAGCAUGACUGAAUUACAUUUUCUUAUUCUAUUGAAUGUGUCACAUAACAACUUGUCCGGUAAAAUUCCACAAGGAAAUCAAUUUGCUACAUUUGAUAAUUCAUCCUACGAGGGAAACCCCAACCUCUGUGGGUAUGCAUUGUCGAAUGAUUGCUUAUUGAGCAAUGAGACUUAUGAGGAUGAACUUUGCAGAAGUGAGGAAGAAAGUAAAGAAAAUGAAGUCAAUCAAGAUGACAAAGACGAUGACGAUGGGCUUGAAACAACUUCAUUCUACAUUAGCAUGGCAGUUGGAUUUGUUACAUCGUAUUGUGGGUUUUGGAGUGCCUUACUGUUCAACAGUUCAUGGAGGCAUACCUAUUACAGAUUCUUCGGCAAUCUCUAUGACAAGAUAUACGUGAUGGUCGCAGUUAAUGUGAACAUAUUGCGCAGGAGGUUUCAGAGCAAGAAUGCAUAAUAUUAGCCAUUGUUUGUUGAUGAAUUGGGGGAGCUAGUGUGCAGUGAACAUGUCAUUUUUCAAAGAGAUUCCCAGAUUGUAUGCAAGGCUGCCUCAAGGAAGAUGAGAGAUUCCCAGACUGUAGAAAUCCAAAAUUUGGUUGUCCAUGUCUAAAAUUCCGGAGUUUUUGGUGGUUGCUCUGUUUAUGCUGUCUUUUAUAUAUGUGUGUGUGUGUGUGUGUGUGUGUUCUUAAAGUUGAAUGCCCGUUGCAGUUAGUUUAUUGACUUUAGGUUGGUGUUCGCCUUGUAGUCAUGUGAUUUUGUUCUGGGGGUUAUGUAUGUAGUUGUUCCAACUUAAUAAAUUAAUCUUAUUUUAUUUAGUCA